CCGGACCUGUGACAGUCCUUCCUCAAUGAAACCUGUGAUUUUUUUUUUAUACUUUGUGAUGUUCACAAGAAUUUUCAUUACAGACAUCUGAAUUUUUUUGGGUUCGGGCCGUGGGGUUCGUAGACUCGGUAAUUGGUUCUGGCGAGACGAGUGUGUUUACUGCUGCAGUGAGUUACUGUCACAACCACAGGUAGUUACUGGAUUUGUGACCACUAGAAAUACUGUGGGGAGUUUCAGCGUGUGAAAGGUGAAUAGAGAUCUUCACACAAUAUUCUUCUUCUGUGCGUCAUCUUAAGAAGAAUAAAGUUGGAUAUGAUGGAAGAGGAACAUUUACCUGUAUGUCCUGAUCAACCCACAGAAAUUGAAAACCAGUUGUCCAGCACCCAGGAAACUGAGUCUACAGAAAAACUUGUGUCACAAGAUUCAUCAGUCAAAUCUGUUCCAGAUGAGGAGUUUGUCUGGGAAGAAUACCUUGAGGAAACACAGACCGAGGCAGUUCCACCCACAUCCUUUCAACACGUGGAGAAGAGUUUAGAAUCAGGUGUGUUAGAAGAUCAUCUGGUUGAGGUGGUUCAUUCUUCAUCAGGACAACAGCCAACUGGAUACUGGCUAGCAAAAGUUGUUACCACAUGUGGGCCAUUGUUAAGAUUGCGAUAUGUAGCUCCGAGUUCUGUUAAUGUGGAAUGCUGGCGUGAGGUAGCCCAUGGCGGCCUCCACCCUGUAGGUUGGUGCGGUCAUCAUAAUAUCCAAUUGUCCUUGCCAUCUGACCUCAUGUCUGAGUUGGUAGAUGAAGAUAGCAUUAAAGAAGCCAAAGAAGCAGUAGAACAAGCACAGCGUGAGGGUAUAUCGGUACCAGAGGAGGCAUUGGAUGUAGAGGGCUACACCGCUGUGGACCGCGUCAAGCAUGGCAUGAAGGUUGAGGUGUUAUUUGAUGGGAACCCGUUGUGUGGGUGGGUAGCAACCGUGAUGGAUAAUGUGGGUGGCCGGCUGCUGCUACGUUACGACACCCCUGAUUGCUCUGGUGAGACGUUCUGGCUCUUCUACCAGCACCCACGUCUACGCCCUCCUGAUUGGAUUCAUCAUCAAGGACAUCUUUGGAAUUACAGCCACCCUACAUCUUCAACACCAUAUGAGUAUGCAGAGUGGGCUGCACUCUUGGAGCUGAGUCGUGAUGAUGCAAGACACUCCUCUUUGCCGGUGUCCCUACUUGCACCCACGCUGGGUCCUGACACUCAUCAGUUUAUUGCUGGAAUGUUGCUGGAAGUGGUGCAUCCAUUCAAGCCGUAUUCUGUUCAUGUUGGCAAAGUGCUAGAAAUAAUUGAUUCUCAUUUCUUCAGAAUAGCUGUUGAUUCAGAAACUUCAGAAGAAAUUUCUUGGGUUACAUAUGUAAAUGAUCCAUUAAUACUGCCCUGGGGCUUUUGUAAAGAGAAUAAUUUAAGUAUAGAACCACCUAAAGAUUGGCCUAGUGAAACGGUCUUUGAUUGGGAUACUUACCUUCGGUCGUCUACAUCAUUAUGUGCUGAAAGUGAAAUAUUUAAAAAAUUUGAGUCUUCUGAGGAUAUUUGUUUUUCACCUGGGUUAAAAUUAGAAGCAGUGAAUCCUUCAGCCCCUAAUCAGAUAUGUGCAGCUACAGUUAAUAAAACAUGUGGACAUUUAUUGGUGAUUCAGCUAGAUUCAGAUCCAGAUUCAAAGCCGAUAAUUCGAGCAUCAACCAGUCAAGAUAUCUUCCCAACAGGCUGGUGCCAAGCAAACAAUUAUCCUCUAAAAUUACCAGCGCAAUAUUCUCCUCUAGCCAGAAGUCUUGAGAACACUAGUAUGGAAGCAAGUCAAGAAAGAAAUAGCGAUAAUUCACAAACAACUGAAGCAGUUUCUAGUGGAGGAGGAAGUCAAAAGUCACUAUGGUGUCCCAGGCUGUAUGUGAACCACUGGUGCUACACUGGUCCUUACCUCAGCAAGUCUAAAGUUGCAAAGCAGUCCCAGAGUGUAGGACCAGGAUCAGUGGAGUUGGUGCUGCGGGAGGUACUGUCCAUGACCAUCAAUGCAGCAUACAUACCCACACGUGUUUUAAGGGAACUGGAACGACGCAAUGGUCCUGACCCCCAACUGGUCUCUUCGUCCUGGCACUCCAUACCAUUCAAAGCAAAAUUUAAAAGGUACACUUACACUGCCAAUAUCCCGGUGGCCACAACAGCAAGUGACAUAAGUGACUUCCUGUACUCCAUUUGUCAGACUCUCCAGUGUUGCCCCAAUCUCUGGUCAUCUAAUUUGACUGGAGAAAAUUGCCCAUUGCUCUGUACAUCUCAAAUGUCAAUACAAGGUAGUCAGACAUGUCUUCGUGGUAGAGGUAGAAUCUCCAUUAAUAAGGGGGUCCGAGGUGGUCCAGGAACUUCAAGAAUCAUUCAUCGGCGUAAGAGGGGCGGUCGCAAACGUCUUUUUGUGCCUGUGAGAGCAAAUCGUCUUCUGCAAACUAAAACUCUGACAACUCCUUCUGAUGACAUAUCAGAGGAUGUAGAAGAGGAGGAAGAUGCUGAAAUUGAAGAGGGUGAAGAUGAUGAUGUUGGAAGUGGUUCUGAUGAGGGUGACACAAGUUCUCGCAGUUCUCGCCCCACGAGCCCAUUCUUAGAACAUGGUGUUGGCAGUAGACGACGAAGGAGAGCAUUUCCAAGGCUUGAAAUGCAGACUAGAGGAGUCAAAUUGCCAGAUUAUGCCACCCAAAUGAAAAUGCGACAUGUCAAAAAAAAAUACGAAGGAGAGGCUUCAUCCAGUGCUUCAAGUUGCCGUGAAGAACCCUUAGAUCGGAAAGACCAAAUGAGAAGGGACAGAAAAAAUGAAUAUCCCGAUACAAACUCUGGCUUAGAACCUGCAACUGUUACAUCUGACCCCUUAGAAUGGACAGUACAUGAUGUUGAACAGUAUGUUGCAAGCCAACCAGCAAUCUGUCAUCAUGCAGUGAGGCUACGAGAGCAAGAGGUUGAUGGACGCGCCUUCUUGUUACUAAACCUUCCGACUUUAGUACACCAUCUUGGUUUGCCACACAGUUCAGCAGUUGCACUUGCUCAACACAUAUGCCGAGUGAAACUAGCGCACUUCCUCUACUAUUACAGAGCUGAAGCAUGACCAUCAUUUUCGUACAAAGGUGUCGCUGUUAUUGAAUAAUUCUAUCAUUUUAUAACAUGAGUACUGUACUGUAAUGUUUUUAUUAAAAUACAAUCCGGUGAAAAUGACGUAUAUUUUCGGUAUUUUUCUUCCAAGUGAAGGGUUAUUUUAGUUAAAGUAAUUGUUCUUUGUUGUUCUUGAUAAUAGAAUGUAUGUACUGUAUAUAUAUUAUAUACCUAAUACUGUAUAGUUGUUUGUACAUUUUUUAUUAUUCGUUAAUGCUUCCAUUAUUUUAUAUAACCUCAUUUGUAUCUUGGGUGACUCGUGUAUAUUUUCUACCCAGUGUCGAGUAUUAAAGUCAGACCUUUGGCAGCGAUGGCCAGGACUAACCAAUUCAUUAUUUUGUAUGGUUGUUACAAGCAAUAUACCUUAAAAGAUAUUUGAAAGAAGUUUCCACUGAUGGUUGAGGAUUUAUGAGUCAUGACAUCACCAUAAUUGUUGACAGUGCCUGUCUAUUGUUGUGAGCCAUUUUGGAAUCACCAGGACUUUGCCCAUUCAUCACUUUCAUUCCUGUUCUCUUCCUGGGCCAAUACGGAUAUGGUCAUGACAGUUGUUUUCGUACACUUGGUAAAGUCUAUUAAAAUUGAAACAUAUGCCAGCAUUAUUAGCAUAAGGUGUAUUUUAGCCUUAAUUUAUUUUGGUUUCCAUGAAUUUUAUAUAUUAAGUGACUCAAAUAGGUCCACAAACAAGUUGGUUUGUGGUAGAGAAGCGUUUGUUUCGGGAAAAGUCUCCUGUGAUGUUGCCCCAUGUUAGAAGAGUAAGUAUUUCUAGCUGCUUUGAAGCAACUUUUUCUUGCUUAAAUAAUAUGGCAUUCUUUCCUAAAAAUUAAUCUCUCCCCCCAGUAUUGGAUCUCCAGUUUAUAAACAGUGUCUACAAUAAGUUUAUUCAACUUUACCGGGUACCUUUUCAUAAAUUUCUCAAACCAGCCUUUGCUACCUUAAAAUUUGUUGUUCAGCAUCGCUGAACUGGCCUUCAUUGUUUCAUCGUUAAGGUGGUUAUAGAUCUGUGGUGCUUUUUCUCCUACCAUCCGUACACUCGAGGCACUUAUUUGUGUUUGGUCCUUGGUUCAAACCUUGACUUUUCAUCCUUACAAUAAUAGGAUCAUGAAAGUGCAGUACCACUAACACUUUGCAAGCCUUUCCUAAUUAAAGAAAAUUCUCCCAAAAAGGACUCUAUAACACAGACUACUGUAUAUGCCUUCUUGUGAUAUGACAGGUGAACAUAACAGUGCAAUCUUCUGUCCUCAUCUAUUCAUAGGUGGGAGCACAUUGAUUGCAACUUUGUUACCUGUAUUGUGAAGUUAUAAAACAAUUAAAUUUAAGGAAAGGUUACAAGCAACCAAUGAAAUUUAUUUUCCUCCAUUAGGGUAAGAAUACGCAGAUAAGAUAACAAGGUUUUACUAGAAAGAACCGUGAUGACUGGGAACUACACUAAACAUUCUGUUAAGGAAUACCUGUGAACUCUAAGACUUGAUACAUUUUUGUCUUGAUAGUCAACAAGGUAAAGAAAGUUCAGUACUUCCUUUCAUAACAAUGUGUUUUGAGAAACCUUUCACGUUCAUUACCUAACUAACAUGCAUAGUAAUUGAAGUGGAACACGUCUCAAUUUGAGAAACAAUAGACCUAUUUUUGCUUUGCUCACUUACUCAUGUUAAGACCAAUUUUAAGAUAAUGCACACUCCUAUUCUGAUCCUUGUGCUAAUCUUGCCUUAAAAUAUAUAAAUUUUAUUGCUCAAUUUUCCCUAACAAGGUUAAAUACAUGCUUUGUUAAAUUAUUUGUAUGAUAUGCAACAUUUCUACCACAAUAAAGGUGUUUUUCAUAAGUGUCUUAGUUACUGUAUUAGAAUUUGUUACCUGAAUUUUCCUGUGACUAGGAUAACCUUUGUAAAAUCUGACUAGUGCUAAUAUUUCUUAAAUCUUUCUUUGGAUUUACGGUGUAUAUGAAGUUACAGGUUGAGGGACAGUGGAAGGUUAAAAUAUCAAGUUCAACAGAUCGUAUGAAUAUUUAAAGUAUUUCAACAAAGAAAACUGAUAAAUGGGGAAAAUGCUGAAUAAAAACUAGCAUAAGAAAAAAGUUACUGAAAGAACUAGGACAAGAUGUAAAUAACACCUGGUAACAUUACCAUGUACCAAAAACGUGAUCAGCAAUAAGAUACGGAAAGGACUUGCAAGACGGAUACAGUAACACGUUAAAUAAAAAAAAUUCUUGGAAUAGAUUGGGCAAUAUUCAGUCAAAUAUUAGGCAUGAAUCCAAAUUUCAAAUACUGUACAGUAUUGUAUUGUACUUAAAAAUAUAAUUUGAGACGAAUGUACAGUACACUGGUGGAGAGAAUCCAUGUGAGGAGAACAUACUGAAUUACUGUUAGAUCCCUAUCUAAAGUAGCUGCCAAUGUGGUAAAAACCUUAGGCCACAAAUACUGUACAGUAUUGAAACAUCUACACUCAACUUGGUUUCUUCAAAUACAGAAAAAUACACUACUACAGCAUUUUGCACUCUUAAAUAACCAUUUCUUCCUAAUUUUGACUGUAAAAUUUGCCUGCAUGAUGAUGAAAAGCUUCAGCCAGGCAAAAUGAGGCACACGGUUUCAAACAAUAGAGGAAAGAAAUUAAUAAAAGGAGUCGGAGUGAGCAGGUACAGAGGUGGAAUGGAGGCUACAAGAGCCCCCAACAAGGAAGGAGACAAUCCUCACCCUACUGUGUUGACACCUCAAAAAUUCCAUAAUUAUAAAUUUAAAUGUACCCACAACUCUUCAAUAAGGGAACACUUCUUGCUGUUUAAAAGUUCAUAUACUUCCAGUAUACUACCUUUGGUUAAGCUGAAACUUAUUACUGUAUACCAAAUCAACAACUCGUAUUCAAUAUCUAAACAGUAGGAUGUGAAAUAUAGGCAAUACGAAGUUGAUGCCUUUUAUUUUUUGCCUGGUUUUCUUCAUUAUUGAUUACAACUCCCUUCCUACUGUACAGUAUUCCUUUGCCAACAAUUUUGUAGAAUACUUUUACAGGUAAAGCUAAAGGCCUUCAAUAGCAACCCUGCAUUGGGGAGUUUAACAGCAUAAUAAGGGAAACGUUUCAGACAUGUCAAUAUGUAAUCUCCAAAUCCAUGAGACGCACUCUACAAGUUCUACGACAAAAAAAUUGAUAAUUAAAAAUGCAUGCCAUUACGUUGACCCGAUAUCAGAAAAUAUAAUAAGUAAUAAAAAGAUGUUAUUUUAAUGUCAUAUCAACCAAUGC